ACCGCCCAAACUAACCAUAAAUAACAAGACCAAAGCAAUGAUUAUUGUGUUUACAAGACGAUUUCGGUGGCAAAUUUAUGGUGCUUAGCGUGGUGUGGCGCGUAUCGCGUGUUCCCGAAAAAUCCCCAACUAUUUAAUCGCCCCCCGACAAUACCAAAGUGAUGCUAAGCAGACAGACUCGACCGUCUAGUGCGCUUUAAUUUCACAUCAAUAACCGUGCAUAUAACGUGUACAUAGCAUCGCAAUAACAAAUAGGUGCCCGUGGCGCUAAACCAUUCCAGAAGCACGCUAUGGAAUAGCGAUCCCCUGUAUAAUGGGCAAGAUCAACAACAAGAGCGGAGUGGAAAUAAUCCCCUUGAAUGAGGUAAACUACAGGAAUAAUCGCACCAACGCCGCAAACACUAGCGUACAACGCACAAAGAUGGAUAGGUUACCGUACAUGUCGGAUCCGACCAUCGUGCCGAGGGUACAAAAGUAUUUGGAGUCGAACGUGGACAAGACUUUCGUGGAUAUUAAUGUGAUGGCUGAUGAUCUGCAGAGGACGUACCGGGAGUACGCCAGGUUGAAGAGGAACGCGUUUCGAGCGUCGGUUAAGAAAGCGUAUUCGAUCGUAUUGCAGAGCUAUGGCUUGGAGGAUCAGGAUAAUAGCUCGAGCGAUGAUGAUGAUGAUAGCGAGGAUAGCGCUACUGAGGAAGGAAAUAAUUUUAACAGCAAAGAAGUCGGGCAACACUUUUUAUUAUCUAACAACUCCCUAAACAACCAACUCGCCAACCUCUACAACCGCCCCCAAGUCCCCAAACAGAUCGACGAGAACGAGCUCAUCGACAUCAGCAGCGACGACUCGGAGGCGGCCGCCCAGCCCUACCCCAACGACAAGCCCAACGGCCCCUCCACGUCCCAGAACAAGGAAUCUCAGCCCGUCCCCGUCUACCAAAACAACACUGCCGCCAAGAAACCCGCCGAGAACAAGGACCGCUACCAGUACUUCAACCGUAAGAGGAAAAGCGAGGCCGUGGGGCUCACCCCCUUCCAGAGCACCCCCAAGAAGAAGAAGUCGCUGGCCACCCUCCAGGAGCCCUCCGUGUCCUUCAAGGACCUCGGGGGCAUGGAUAAGAUCCUCGAGGACGUGUGCAAGCUCCUGAUUCACGUACGCCACCCGGAGGUGUACAGGCAGAUCGGGAUCUCGCCGCCGAGGGGAUUCCUACUCCACGGCCCCCCGGGGUGCGGAAAAACGCUCCUAGCGAACGCGAUAGCGGGGGAAAUUGGAGUGCCGUUGCUGAAAGUGGCGGCGCCGGAGCUGGUGGCAGGGGUGUCGGGCGAGAGCGAGGAGAGGAUACGGGAGCUGUUCGAGAGGGCGAUUUUUUCGACGCCCUGUAUACUGUUCAUUGACGAGAUCGACGCCAUCACGCCGAAUAGGCAGAACGCGCAGAAGGAGAUGGAGAGACGGAUUGUGGCUCAGUUGCUGAGUUGUCUCGAUGAUUUAAGUCAGAACGAGUGUGGCGACCGGGUGCUGGUUAUCGGUGCUACGAAUCGGCCGGACGCUAUAGAUCCGGCUUUGCGCAGGGCCGGACGGUUCGACCGCGAAAUUUGUCUGGGUAUACCGGAUGUACAAUCGAGGGUACAAAUUUUAAAGGUUAUGACGUCGAAGCUGAAGCUUAGUGAGGAUUUUGACUAUGACGCUUUGGCGAAGUUCACGCCAGGGUUUGUGGGGGCCGAUUUGAUGUCGUUGACGAGGGAGGCGGCCAUGUCGGCUGUCAAUAGAAUGCUAAAUAAACUCAAAGAGCAGCACAAAGUGGCGCAGCUCCUCGCCGCCCAGAAGGUCCUCGAGGUAAAGAAAGACGAAGAGACGAAAGAACCGUCGUCGAACGACUCGAACAAGAGCGACCCCGAGAUCAUCGUCGACGACGACUUAUCCAAAGACGAGGUCACGAUAGUUCCUACGAAAGAAGCACCAAUCGUCGUCAUAGACGAGGAGGUCAAGCAGCCGCCGGACCCCCCGGUCACGACCAGCACCGAGGGCGCCGUCAACGGCCACUUGCUCAAAAACGACAAACCAUAUCCGGAGGUGAUCGAGGAGGAGCCGAUGCCGGUCGACGUAAUCAAGCACCAGGGCAACACCCUGAAGGACCUGAUGGAGUGGCUGCACGACAGGUCGACCUUGACCAGUGAGGAGUUGGCGUCGUUGUGCAUAACGAUGGACGAUUUCAAACAAGCUUUAAAGUGUGUUCAGCCCUCCGCGAAGAGGGAGGGAUUCGCGACGGUUCCUGACGUCAGCUGGGACGACGUGGGCAGUCUGACGGCCGUGAGGGAGGAGCUGCAGAUGGCCAUUUUGGCGCCCAUCAGACACAUGGAGCAUUUCAAAGAACUAGGUUUAACCACUCCGACGGGGAUUUUGUUGUGCGGUCCACCAGGUUGUGGAAAAACUCUCAUAGCCAAAGCUUUAGCGAAUGAAGCUGGAAUUAACUUUAUUUCGGUUAAGGGUCCUGAGCUUCUCAAUAUGUAUGUAGGUGAAAGCGAAAGGGCGGUUCGUGUGUGUUUCGAAAGGGCGCGGAAUUCGGCCCCUUGUGUCAUUUUCUUCGACGAAUUGGACGCCAUUUGCCCUAAAAGAUCGGAUAGUAGAGAGGGCGGUGCUACGAUGCGAGUGGUCAAUCAGAUGUUGACGGAAAUGGAUGGGGUUCAAGACAGACAAGGAGUGUAUCUUUUAGCUGCUAGUAAUAGACCGGACAUUGUAGACCCAGCGGUCCUAAGACCCGGACGAUUCGAUAAAAUCUUGUUUGUUGGGUUGCCUACGGCGAGUGACAGGGUAGAAAUUCUGAGAGCCAUCACAAAGAAUGGUACCAGGCCUCGGUUGGCCCCUGACGUAGACCUGGAGGCCAUCGGCACCUGCGAGCAAUGCCAGGGCUACACAGGGGCGGACUUGGCCGCUCUGGUCAAAGAAUCCGGAAUUGUAGCCCUAAAGGAAUUCAUGCUGUGUGGCGACACCCAGAAACCCAUCAUGGUGAACAUGGAGCAUUUCCAGAGAGCCAUUUCGAAAAUUCGACCGUCUGUGCCUGAGAAGGAUCAGAAGCAUUACGAAAAACUGCGCAAGAUGUAUGCGGCUGUUCCCGAGCAGAGUGAUGUGGAGGAAAUGGAAUAUUCUUAAUCACAGUAUUUUAGUACAGUACAAGCGUACAUUUGACUUGUGCGUCCCGAAUUUUGGACUUUGGUAUUUGUUGAAAACAAAUUAAUGUCGAUCGGUACUGAGGUUCCGAGUCGGAAAUUCCCUUAGCGUUAAUUUCGUCCUGCAGUAUAUUUUUUGCAGAUUUGUUAUAAGCGAUUGAAUUGACACUUGAAUAAAGUUCUAAAUAUGUUGGUUUUGUUUGUCAUAGUGCGUCGAGUCGGUCUAGGCGAAAUUGGUUUAACGAGUAGUGUUUUAGAAAAUUUUAGUUGUAAUUUCAUCAAAUGGUUCAAAUCCGUUUUGUCUUACGCAAAUUAUAUUUUUAUAUUUUGAUGUAAACAAUUGUGUUAAUUAUAUUUAUGAUUCAUAUAUCUUACAAAUAGUGUCUAAGGGUGUCACUAAACUUUGUGCAAAUAGUUGUAAAAAAUUUAUAAGGAAAAAAUAUGAUUACUAAGAUUGAAUAAAAUGAGGAUUCAUA